AUGACGUUGCAUAAUUUUCUGGAGAAGAUUAUUGGCAAGAUGCAGCAGCUGAAGAAACGUGGUAUGGGGGCGUUGCCAGUACUCUUCCUGGUUGUAAUCUAUGGACUGGCGUUGUUACCAGGGUUACCAAGUGUAACAGGGUACAGUUCUGGGGCUGCAGAUCAAGCCUGCCCUAACUUACAGCCAUGGCACGGAGGAACACGUCCAAGUACCUUACCAGCACCUUACGUCAUCAACCUCUCCAAAACUACUUACGCUCCCAGGGACCAAAUCACAGUGACUAUCCAAGCGUGUACCGGAUACAGUUUUAAGGGCUUCCUCAUACAGCCCCGACUCGUCCAGUUUUACGAGCAGGAUGUCAAAGUGGGCGUCUUCGGAAACUACCUCAACUCUCAAUUUAAAUAUGCAUGUCCCGACACCAGACUGGGAACCCGCGGUCAGGCACUGACCCACGUCGAGGCUUCAGACAAGACGGUUAUGAGAUUUGUUUGGCAAGCUCCACAGGUACCACAGGGUCACGUGGUGUUCCGGGCGACAAUCCUGCAGCAGUUCAAUACGUAUUGGAUGGCAGUUAGCUCGCCAGUGGUAUAUGACCAGUUCAGUAACGUCCGCUUGACUCAACAACAGAUACUGACCAUGACGACUCCAAUGUCAACCGCGUGUACCCAGACUGUCAACUCCACCACAUCCCCUCCGACCCCUACAACAACCACCACUACCACUCCAAAACCCACGACAACAACGCCGACAACCACUACCACUACAACGCCGACAACCACCACCACUACAACGCCGACAACCACCACCGCAACGACGACCACUACACCUAAGCCUACCACCACCACUACCACCACUACCACAACACCGACCACCACUACCACAACACCUACAACCACUACCACCCCGACCACAACAACUCCUACUACCACUACCACCCCGACCACAACAACUCCUACUACCACUACCACCACCACCACCGAGCCGACCACCACUACCAAACCAACAACUCAAAGGCCCGCUACAACUCCGAAAGUUCCAGAUCCAGGGACUUUGACGAUACCCCCGGACAUGCGCUGUAAUGUGACCAGGGGCUGCCAUCAUGACUGUAGGGGGCCCUACUGUUCCUUCAUCAUUGGCUGGGUGGACAAAGGCGAUUCCAUCGAUUUUGAAAUACAAACUGUUGUCAAGGAAAGAGGUGAUAAAUGGAUAGCCAUUGGGUUCUCCUACGAUCGAAAUAUGGGAUCCGACAGCGUGACGGAGUGUGUGACGACAUCCGGUUACGUCAGCGUGUUCCAGUCUUACAAUAAGGACACGCGCAUUAAUUCAAGACUAAGGAACCCUAAGCUUGGUAUAAGUAACGAAGGCGGUUCAAUUGUGGAAGGUAUCUUUACCUGUUACUUUACAAGACAGAAGGUUGUCACUGCGGACUCCUCGGUGUUUGACUUAAACAAGGACUGGCACCUCUUAUUCGCUCACGGAACGGCCAUGGCGGAUGCGUUCAGCGGUAGAGGAAUGAAGCUACCCCACAUCUACAACCCAGCGCCCUACUCCUCUGUCGCCCGCGUGGAUUUUCAGCGGUACCUCUUAUGGGUGACGACAACAACGACAACCACGACAACAACCACGCCCAUCCCAACCACCACAACUACUACUGUCGCCACUCCCACUACCACCACCACCACCACCACCACCACCACCACCACUACAGCUAGGCAUAGCACUUCCACGAUAUUCUUGCCAACCACCAGAGUCACUGAUGCAGUUACAUCACAACCACCUAUCACUAUAACGACUGAUCAGUUGACGGACGCCCCGACGUCACCUACCGUAACAGAGGGACAGUCUGGUGACUUAACAAAUGAUCUGGCGUGCGGUUUGACGAAAGGCUGUUACCAACAGUGUACUGGCGAUAUAUGCCACUUUAUUGUGUCCUGGAAGGAUAUGGGGGACGUUAUUGACUUCGAGUUGAAAUCUCGAGUAGCGGCAACAUCCGACAGAUGGAUUGCAGUCGGCUUCUCAAACGACGGAAAUAUGGGCACGGACAGUGUGGUCGAAUGCUUAAUGGACGGUGGUAUCCUGGAAGUCCAGCACUCGUACAAUCACGACGACAAAACAAACCACGUGUUGUCCGAGCCCGGGGUUGGCCUGAGUAACAUCGGGGGUCGUCUGGAAAACGGUCUGUUCACAUGUCGCUUCACUAGGGACAAGGUUGUACCGGGUCACUCCAAUAUCUUUGACCUCAACAAAGACUUCCACAUCAUAUUUGCCGAGGGACGAGUAGAAAACGGUGAAAAGAUCCGUCACAGCCUAUUGACCCUCCCGUCCGUGUCGGGAGAGAAGGUGGACUUACAGCAACAAAUCCUCAUUACCAGCGAGGCCUCCUACUUCCUCGUCAAAGUCCAUGGUUGUUUGAUGAUUUUUGCAUGGAUUUUCUGCGCCAGUAUCGGAAUCGUCACCGUCCGAUUCUACAAGAAGAUAUGGCCUGAUAGAACUAUCUGUAGAGAGCGUAUUUGGUAUCAGGUACACCGUUUCUGUAUGAUCCUGGUUGUUCUCUGUGUUUUGGUAGCCGUCGUGAUUAUUUUCGUGGACAUAAAAGGAUUCAGCAAGAUUGACGGGAAGACUUUUCACAAAGCACAUCCCGUCCUCGGGAUCCUUGUGACACUGUUUACAAUAGCAAAUCCAAUAGUAGCGGUGUGCAGACCGCUGCCUGGAACCGUGAAGAGAAAGAUAUUUAACUGGAUCCACUGGGGCCUUGGAUCCUCCGCGCACAUCCUCGCAAUAAUCAAUAUUUUUGCGGGAGUGGAGUUGAGUAAAUCCGGAGCCCCGUCCUACAUGAAGUAUGCAUUGCUAGGUUACGUGACUUACCUUAUUCUGAUAUAUCUGCUAUUGGAGCUUCACCAGUGCAUCGCCAACAAAUCAGAAAACAAGAGAAACCAGACAUAUCUAUAUGAAAUGCACAGAAAACCUUACAACAACAACAACAGAACAACGAACGUAGCCAUGGAUCUAGAACCACCGUACAGCAAAAUGAAGAAGGCCAUCAUGGGAUCGCACAUCCUUAUAACUUUUGCCGUCACUCUCGUUUUCGUCAUUAUCAUCAUCAUCAGCUGAGAAAACUGGCUUUAAACAUCUGUGAAAAGAAACAUUUGGAAACAACACGAGUCAGGUUACAUCGUCAUUUGUCGGUAGUCCGUGAUGGUUGUUUAGUGAUGUGGAUGUUUCCCUCAAUGGUGUCUACCACUGUCGGUAUCGUUGGAUGUGUGGAACACGAUCUCUGUACCGUACAGAAACAGAGUUUAAACUCAGUUGAUCCAAAGUGCUAAUAAUUAUAUCAACAAUAUGUCAAUUACUUCGAAAAGUCCAUUGUAUGUAAUACCUACGCAGUAAUUAGUAAUUACAUAGAUCAUGAUCAAUUGCUUAUGGAAUGACGACACUUGUUGAAUGCGUAAACUGAGUAAUUCAUAAGCUAUGUGUACAACCAACCUAGCUAAAUGCGCGUGUUACUUGAUAAUAUGACCAAAUAUAGUGUUGUCUUAAAAGCUGAUUAUGUGCGUUAACUGACGUCAAUACCAAGCGCAAAGCUACGGAGUGUUGCUCAACGACCAUUUGCGUACAGCAUUGCCCAAGACGGCACAACCAAAUACAGCAUUGCUCGGGCGCCUGUGAAAGUGUCGCUGCUUUUGGUGCUGACGUGUGACAGCGACACAUCUGUCUAGAAACAUUGUGAUUAAACAUCGUCUUUAACAGUAUCGCCUUCGAUUAGAUUUAAAAGGUUGCAGUGUACCACUUAUAAAGUUUCUGUACUUAAAUGUACUUAUAAAGAAUAUGUUUUUGUGUAACUAUGCUUUACACCUUGUUGGGGACAAGAUCACAUAUCUGAUAUAUGUACAAAUGUUGUUUUAUUAUACCGUUCAGUAACUUAUAUAAAUGGAAGUGUUUCGUAAUGUUAGUGUAUGAUAAUGUUAAGAAAUACCAUUUAAUAUUUACGGUAUAUUAAUGCUAUAGUACAAUAGUAUACAGUGAUAUAGCAUUGAAUAGUUCCGUAUAUAGUUGGUAUUGUGUGAUAUUGUAUAGUAACAAAACUGACAUUUUACUGUAUAUAGUGGUAAGAAGAUAUUUUACAGUAACAAAACUGAAAUGUGACUGUAUAUUGAUGUUAUAUGAUAUUGUAGAGAAACACAACUCAAAUGUUACUGUAUAUUGAUUUAAUUUGAUAUUGCAUAGUAACAAAACUGAAAUGUUACUGUACAUAUAUAUUGAUGUUAAAUGAUAUUUUACUGUAGCUUAACUGACAAGUUACCGUAUAAUGAUGUCAUAUAUUUAUGGUAUAUGAUAUGUUAACUGUUAUACAAUGUAACUGGAUAUUAACUUGACAGUCAAAACAAGUAACAGUAAAUAGGUCACUUAAUCUACAAGUAUGUGUAAGAACAUGUUAGGGAAACUAUUGAAAACGUGUGUCCAGUGUUUUUAAUUUAUUUCUGUUAUGGAAUGUGUUAUAUAUUAUUUGUUUGAAUCGAAUGUGAACUCGUGGAAGAUAAAAGAUAGGUAUGAAUGAUUUAAUUUUGUGUGAGUCUGACGUAAGGUGUGAAAAAUGUAAUCAGUCCAUGAAUGGUUUUGUUAUAAUUUAUUGAAAGUUGCUUUGCAUAUUAAAAUCUGCGA